AUGGCCAUCUCCCUCGCCAUGCCCUGGUCCGCCGGCGAGCGCGCCAUGCACUCGCUCCUGCACAUCCCCUCCGACAGCAUGGACAACCCGACAUCCACCUUCAUGACGCCGCAAGCCGCGACCAUGCUCGUGCGCGCGCCCACCAUCGCCCUCGGCGCGCUCGAUUCCGAGGGUCGCCCUUGGGCUACGUUGUGGGGCGGCGAGCCGGGCUUCGCGCAGCCGUUGGGCGGCGGCGUCUUCGGCGUGCGGGUGCCGGUCGAUCGGAAGUUCGAUCCGGUGGCGCAGGCGCUGGUGGAUGGGAAGACGGAGGGGGAGGUCGUGAGGGAUGAAGGAAGCAGGGGAAGGAUGGUGGCGGGGUUGCCGUUUGAUUUGGUGACGAGGAAGAGGGUGAAGGUUUAUGGGAGGAUGGUUGUGGCGAGUUUGGGGAGGGGUGGUGGAGAGGAGGGUGAAGGUGAAGGUGGUGAUGAUGAUGGGGCGGGGGAGAUGCAGUUGGUGGUGAAGGUGGAGCAGAGCCUUGGCAACUGUCCAAAAUACCUCAACUCCAGAACAAUCACCCCCACAACACCCCACCCCGAACUCCUCUCCACCUCUCCCAACCUCACCCCCGCCGCUCGCGCCCUCAUCGCCAAAUGCGACCUCUUCUUCAUCUCCAGCAACAACGGCACCCACGACAUGGACGUCAACCACCGCGGCGGCCCCACCGGCUUCGUCCGCAUCAUCCCCUCUUCCUCCAGCGACCCCGACGCCCCCACCACGCUCGUCUACCCCGAGUACUCCGGCAACCGCCUCUACCAAACCCUCGGCAACCUGCACGCCAACCCGCGCGCCGGCCUCUGCUUCCCCGACUUCGAGACGGGCGACGUGCUCUACGUGACGGGCACGACGCGCAUCUACGCAGGCAAGGACGCCGCCGCGCUGCUGCCGCGCUCCAACCUCGCCGUCGCCAUCACCCUCACCGCCGCGCGCCUCGUGCGGGCUGGCCUCGCUUUCCGUGGCGCGCCGGCCAUGGGCGUCGGGAAUGCUGCGAGCGAGAAUGCGGACGAUCUGGGGAAGUCGCCGUAUAACCCGCCCGUGCGGCUGCUCGCGGCUGAGGGGAACCUGUUGUCGGAGACGGAGAGGAAGAAAGGUGGUGGUGGUGAGGUGACGGCGAAGCUGGCGAAGAAGGAGGGUAUUACGCCGUCAGUUGCGCGCUUCACGUUCGCGCUGAGCACGCCGACACGCGUGCUGCCGGGGCAGUGGGUCGCGCUGGAUGCGGCGGGCGAGCUGGAUAUGGGAUAUAGCCACAUGCGCGACGACGAUCCGGCGAGCUUGAACGACGACUUUGUGCGCACUUUCACCGUCACUUGGGCGUCGGGCUGGGACGACGCGCAACCAGACGAAGGUGUCGUCCCCCCGUCGACCGCCUUCGCCAUCACCAUCCGCCGCCACGGCCCCGUCACGGGCCUGCUCUUCGCGUCGUCGCCCGAACGCGCGACGGGCGGUGGUCUGGAACUUCCUAUCCGCGGCUUCGGCGGCGGCGAGUUUAGGGUCAGGCCGGUCCCAGCGGUGCCUACGUCUCCUUCUCCUCCCGUUUCGUCAUCGUCCAUUGCGCCGGUAAAAGGACUGACGCCCUUCAUCGCCGGCGGCGUCGGCAUCACGCCGCUGUUGGCCGAGCUCGCUGCGCCGCGCCAUGGUAAUGGCAAUGAUGUACUGGACCCGCGGCGCGUCGCGCUGUUUUGGACGCUGAAGCGGGCGGAUGCGGCGCUGGCGGUGGAGGUGUUAAGGCGGUGGCCGGGAAUGGUGGCGCACCUGUUCCUCACUGGGAGGGGUGGUGGUGGUGGUGGUGGUGAGGGAGAGGAUGAGGCUGUGGAGGCGCUCAAGGAGUCGGGCGUUCUGCUGGUGGCGGAUGGGAUGAGGAUGACGGAAGAAAGUCUAAGGACGGUGGAGAGCGAGAAGUGGUAUUUGUGUGCGGGAACGGCGUUGCAUAAGCAGGUGGUGGCGUGGUUGGAGGGGAGGGGGGAGAUCGUGUCUGAAAGCUUUAACUUUUAA